UGUGUUGCCACUUGCCAGUACUCGUCCAACAGCGGCAUGGUAAACACGUGCCCUUUCGUAACGAUAAAUGUACGCGAAUUUGCUUCGUAACUUUCUUUCGGAAUAUCCAUUGUGAAAAAUGUGAAGCUGACCUAAAGCCAAGUAAAAUGUGUUCAAAAAUAAGUGACAAUGAUUCUCCGUCGGUGUGACAGCUUGCCAACGCAACUACGGGAGGCUUCUGUCGCAAAUCAGGAAACAAUUCAACCUUUCCUUAAUAAAAUAUCCGACUCAAAUACUGUCCCGAAUUUUGGAGACGCCCCAAUAAGGGAUGAAGUUAUAGCCACUUGGAAAUCUCUUAACACAGAUGUCAACAGAAUAAAGAAUGGCAAUUGUCCAAAAAAUGGAACAAAUAGAAAUGAUUUUGUCGCACCAAACUUUUGUACAAGAGAAAAUAAUAAGCCAAAGAAGGUUACCAACAAACACAUAUCAAUUGCGUGCCAAGAUGUGGACAGAAGUUCAUCGUUUCCUUUGGACAUGGGGAAGAGAUGCCCCAACGACAGACGAGCGAGUACAGUGCGAAGACGGACUCUAUUGGAACGCCUUCUCUCCUGGAGAACUCCAGAAUGUGACUGCCAAGAGCAAUGUAUUGCUAAAAAUCGGAAACCACCAAAAAUUCGCAAAGAAGACUUGAUAUGCACAUGUGGUGUUGUAGACGUAAAAGCAAAAGCCAAGCAGAACAAUUAUUCGGAGCGUGGUCGAUCUAAAAGUGUCGGAUAUGAGGUUACACGUGAAGUUACACAGUUUCGUCGGUGUGCCAGUGCAAGUGCUACAAUUGGAGCUGAAACAGCAGCAGCUUUACGAGCUAGGGCUGCUCUUACAUUAGCCAGGCGGUACUAUCCUGAAGGAGGCUGGGGAUGGACUAUCACGGUUGUGGGGACAAUCGUCCAGAUAUUAUCACAUGGUCUACAGCUUGGAGGUGGACCUGGUGCUAUCGCCUGUACAGCCGCUGUAAAGUAUCGAGUUUCACCACUUUAUACCCACGGCGCAGGAUGCGCGCUUGUUUUGAUGGAAGAGUCUUGGUCGUCGGGCGGUGCGCCGCUACUGCGAACCAGGUCACUGCCCCUGGUGUUGGAAGCGAGUGGACCACCAGCGCGACAGGCGAAGCUAGACCCAAGGCAGCUGUUGACCCUCACCAGGCACUAUUACCCGGAGGGAGGAUGGGGCUGGGGAGUAGCUAUUGCAGCGACGAUAGCUCAGCUUCUAGCUCACGGCUUGCAUCAAGCUGCUGCCGUGAUAGCUGUCGAAGCUGUAAGACGAUUUGGCCCGGAGGUUCAGAUGCAAGCAGGAUGUCUGGGAGCGAUGUCUGCAGGAGUGGCCCUCGCCCUGUCUCCGGUGACGGUGGCCCUGUGUGUCAGGAAGUCAACCCGAGUGACAGCUGUAGUGGGCGGACUGAUUGCAGCUCUUGGUUGCCUCUUCACCUCGUUCGCGACACAGUUCCAUCAACUCUUCUUCAGUUACGGGACCGUGGUCGGAGUUGGUGUCGGUCUUACCAGAGACUGUUCUACGUUGAUGGUCGCUCAGUACUUCAAGCGACGCCGCGAGCUCGUCGAGAUAUUCAUUGUAAGUGGCAGUGGACUGGGCAUUGCAGUCAUGUCGACUUUCAUCAAAGGUGCUAUCAGGGCGAUUGGUUGGCGACUAGGUUUACAGGCUGUGACAGGAGCUGUCUUUGUCACGUUCAUUCUGGGAACAUUCUACCGUUCAGCCUCCUUAUAUCACCCGCAACGUAGAGCAAUCUUGCAUCUAAAGAACCAGAACAAAAUCAAGCGGAAGAUGAAGGAUAGAAACAAAUCAGACGAUCGGCAGCCAUUCUUCGACUUCUCAACGCUCAGGUCGAAGACUGUGAGGAUUCUGUUGAUGUCUACUGGAAUAUCAGCGUUUGGGAUAAACACUCCUAUAUUCUAUUUAGCAUAUCACGCUGAAGAAGAAGGUCUUGGAGAUACAGCAGAGCUACUGCAAGCGUAUCUGGGACUAGCCUGGGCAGUAGGAUGUGCUGCAUUCGGUCUCCUGGUGAGACAGAACUCAGCAGAAUGUCGCAUCGCCCGACAAUACCUCACGCAGGCAGCUGUGUUUGUCUGCGGGCUAGCGACCAUGGCACUCACAGCUGUUGAAGGCUCCUACAGUGGCUAUGUCUUGUUCGCCUGGGUUUAUGGUAUAUUCUGUGGCGGAUAUCACUACUCUCUGAAGAUGUACACUUACGAGAGGGUACGUUCUAGAAACUUCGCACGCACGUGGGGCUUCGUGCAGUGUUCCCAGGCCGUGCCUAUAGCAAUAGGAGUGCCCUUGUCAGGGUACAUAAACGUGGGCUGCGGGGGCAAGGCCGGCUACUAUUUCAGUUCCACGUGCUCUCUCAUUGGAUCUCUUUCGUUGUUCUGCAUUGAUCUCCAUCGACGAAGCGUUUCGAAUAAACACACCAAAGAGAACGGCGGGGCGGCGACGUGCGAUCCGCAAACUGGGCCCACACGUCGCAGCCGCAGCCGCGAUCGUGACGUGCCCGCACCUACCGCCUUAGUUUUAGGAGCAGAUUUCGUGGGGUCAGGUCGUGCCGGCCGUGAUCUUCUAGAUAGCAUUGGUCCUGGAAGCCUGGGCUCUCCUCCUCCCAACGUUCCACCAGAACUAACCUGCAUCAGUGAGGAAGGAGGCCUGGAUCUAGAUUUAGACCUGGAUAUACCUGAGCAUUUAUUGGAAGAUUUGGAAUGUGGUGGGGACUGUAUCACAAGUUGUAAUAAGGUUGAAAACUAUUUGAUGCUGAGCGAGUACGAGAAUAAUCUGAUAGCGGAGUUGCCAAAUCUGAACGAGCGCCGUGGAAGGAGAUGGUCUCUCGUCGUGUCCAACACAAACUCCCCACAGCCUUCGACGAUACAAGACGAGACACCGGAACACAAAAACUCUAUUAAAUGGAAGAAGAAGUGCCAUACCAACAACCGACUCAUAACAGUGAUCAACGAAGCGUCCCUAUAGUUUAAGAGCUGCUAGUGAAAUCCAAGACAAUAAAUUAGAUAAAUAAUCUCGGUGUGUCACCUAUAUAACCUCAUAAUUUAUUUGACGUGUGUGUGAAUAGUAUUUGUGUAUUGUUCUUUAUUAUUUAUUAAAUUAUUAUAAACUGU